UCUCGCCGAGCGGAGAGGAGGACCCGCUCCUUUACACAGGCUGCUCCUGAAGAUGUGAAGAUAAACACCGUGUUCCAGCGCCGCGGCUCCACACCACCUCCUUUACACGCUUCAACGGGGCACAAGUCGUUUCUAGUAAAUGCACUUUGCAGCCCUGCAACGCUCGAUAUUUUCUUUUUUCUUUAUUUUAAUUUUUCGCAUUUGUGAGCGAUGGCUAUGGCAGUUCACUUCACAUCCGGGCCACAAUGCCUUGACUCCAUUAUUGUCUAAAACUGGCGGAGAGGUUGAUAAACCUUGUUAUUUUUACAGUUAACGACACAUUUUUAUUAGGUGCAGUGAAGGCUGGAACCAAGAGGACAUGUCUAACCAAGGAGUCCGGCGGAAUGGCCCUGUGAAGCUGCGACUAACAGUCCUCUGCGCCAAAAACCUGGUGAAGAAGGACUUCUUCCGCCUCCCUGAUCCCUUUGCCAAGGUUGUCGUAGACGGUUCAGGGCAAUGCCACUCGACAGACACUGUGAGGAACACACUUGACCCCAAGUGGAACCAACACUAUGACCUAUAUAUUGGAAAAUCAGAUUCCAUCACCAUCAGCGUGUGGAAUCACAAGAAGAUUCACAAGAAACAAGGGGCUGGCUUCCUGGGCUGUGUCCGCCUUCUGUCCAACGCUAUCAACCGCCUUAAAGACACAGGCUGUAAGUACCAGAGACUAGACUUGAACAAGCUGAGUCCCAAUGACAGUGACACGGUCAGAGGCCAGAUAGUGGUGAGCCUGCAGUCGAGGGACCGGAUAGGCACAGGAGGCCCUGUGGUGGACUGCAGUCGGCUGUUUGACAAUGAUCUCCCAGAUGGCUGGGAGGAGAGGAGGACGGCGUCUGGGCGAAUCCAGUACUUGAACCACAUCACACGCACCACACAGUGGGAGAGGCCUACCAGGCCCGCAUCAGAGUACUCCAGCCCCGGCCGGCCUCUCAGCUGCAUCGUGGACGAGAACACGCCCAUCAGCACGAACGGGGCCACGCCCACCACAGUAUUGCCGCCCAUUGAAGGCGACCAGAGGGCUCAAGAGAGGCGGGUCCGCUCCCAGAGACACCGCAACUACAUGAGCAGAACCCACCUGCACACACCCCCGGACCUCCCUGAGGGAUAUGAGCAGAGGACCACGCAGCAAGGCCAAGUGUACUUUCUCCACACUCAGACAGGUGUCAGCACGUGGCAUGACCCCAGAGUACCAAGAGAUCUGAGUAAUGUGAACUGUGAGGAACUGGGUCCUUUGCCUCCUGGAUGGGAGAUACGGAACACCGCCACCGGGAGAGUUUACUUUGUCGACCACAACAACCGAACCACGCAGUUCACAGAUCCACGCCUCUCCGCCAACCUGCAUCUAGUCCUAAAUCCAAGCCCAAGCCCCAAUGGUUCUCGAGGAGGCAUCGAAAGUCAGAAUGUCAGUCGUCAGAACCAGUUGAAGGAUCAGGCCCAGCAGGCUCUGGUGUCCCCCGGUCAGCUCCCAGAGGAGGCAGAGUGCCUCACGGUGCCCAAGUACAAGAGAGACCUUGUUCAGAAGCUGAAGAUCCUCCGCCAGGAACUGUCCCAGCAGCAGCCUCAGGCGGGCCACUGCCGCAUCGAGGUGUCCCGCGAGGAAAUCUUCGAGGAGUCGUAUCGCCAGGUGAUGAAGAUGAGGCCCAAAGAUCUGUGGAAAAGGCUAAUGGUGAAGUUUAGAGGAGAGGAGGGGCUCGAUUAUGGAGGAGUGGCCAGGGAGUGGCUCUACCUGCUGUCGCAUGAGAUGCUGAACCCGUACUACGGCCUGUUCCAGUACUCCCGCGAUGACAUCUACACACUGCAGAUCAACCCGGACUCUGCGGUCAACCCUGAGCACUUGUCAUACUUCCACUUCGUCGGUCGCAUCAUGGGUAUGGCAGUGUUCCACGGCCACUACAUAGACGGAGGCUUCACCCUGCCUUUCUACAAACAGCUGCUGGGUAAACCCAUCACCCUGGACGACAUGGAGUCUGUGGACCCUGACCUGCAUAACAGCCUCGUGUGGAUCCUGGACAAUGACAUCACAGGUGUGCUGGACCACACCUUCUGCGUAGAACACAACGCCUACGGAGAGAUCAUCCAACACGAGCUCAAGCCCAACGGUAAGAGCAUCCCCGUCACCCAGGACACCAAGAAAGAGUACGUGCGGCUCUACGUCAACUGGCGUUUCCUGCGAGGCAUAGAGGCCCAGUUCCUGGCUCUGCAGAAGGGCUUCAACGAGGUCAUCCCCCAGCACCUGCUCAAGGCCUUCGAUGAGAAGGAGCUCGAGCUGAUUGUAUGUGGCCUGGGCAAGAUCGACAUCAACGACUGGAAGUCCAACACGCGGCUCAAACACUGCACUCCAGACAGCAACAUCGUCAAAUGGUUCUGGAAAGCAGUGGAGUCGUUCGACGAGGAGCGCAGAGCCCGGCUGCUGCAGUUCGUCACCGGCUCCUCCAGAGUUCCCCUGCAAGGCUUCAAGGCCCUCCAAGGUGCUGCUGGCCCGCGGCUCUUCACCAUCCACCAGAUUGAUGCCAGCACCAACAACCUGCCCAAAGCCCACACCUGUUUCAACCGGAUCGACAUUCCUCCCUACGAGCACUAUGACAAACUGUACGACAAGUUGCUCACUGCCAUCGAGGAGACGUGCGGCUUCGCUGUAGAAUGAGUCGGUGACGCAGGCAGAGCUCAGCAACAACCAGAAGCAACACGGUUUGGCCAUGAUGAGCCUCCCCUUACAAAUCAAUCCACUCAGACGGGAGUCAUCCACAGUUGCUUCACCCAGGGGCGCCCACACUUCCCGGGGACAUGUGGCCAAGCUAAGGGAGGCUGUGCAGACAAGACCACAACAUGUCAUCUGACUCUGGGGUUUUUUUAAGACCCUCCAGCCCUCCUUUAUGUCUUUUUGUAUAAUUGAAAAGGAUCUCUUCAGCUGCUAAUAACUCAGACUAUUUACUAACUCGUGGAACCUGCACAUUUUGCUGGCUCUUCCCUUUUUUUCUAAGUUCAUUUUAGCAUUUUAAAAAAUAGACUGUAUUCCAUGUAGCAAUGUUCCAUCUUACCAAGCAGAUCACAAGGUCAGUCCACUCUGAAACGACAUUAACGAGACCGGUUUGUUUGCUAGAGCACAGGGUUAUUAAUGGUUCCCACAACCACUUGGAAACACUAAAUUUGGAUGCGGAGUGUGCAUGACUCUUGCUGUUUUGGUGCCUCAGAGUGAUCACAUCGGGGCUAUCGGUAACGCCAAGGCUGGAGAACAGGGAUGUGUGCAGAUGAGAAGACUGGAGACUGAAUUAGGCAGAGCCCGACUGUUUACAACCCUCUCCAAAGACGGCAGCAGGGACCUCUGCACGUAGCGCUGCAUUCCCACAAAAAUGUCACUAUUUCACACGUUCGACAGCUAGUUUUGUUUUGAAAAUGAAUACAUGAAUGAAUAGCUUGAAAUGUGUUAUUUUUAUAUAACAGGGAAAAUUGCAAAAGAAACAAUAAAAUUCUAUAUAAUAUAUAUAAUUUAUUGCUGUUAUAUUUCAGAAACCCCUAUCCAUCGUUUCAGAAAAAUAAGAUCUCUAAAUGUUAAGUGUUGCUGUUUAAAUUAUACGAGACAAUUGGUGAAAACAGAAUUAAGCUUGACUGAAUUUCACUUAAGAAUGCUGUGGUUUAUUUCCUGACAUAACCUUUCUCACAUUGUACCAGGAGAGGUAUGUCUCAAAGAGCAAAAAAUCUCAAUUCCUCUGAGUGCCAUAUGCAUUUUUUGAAUGAAUGAACCUUUGCUAAUAUUGAGCGGACCCUUUAAAAUUCUACUGAUUUCACUCUGGGGCUACAUGUGGUGGUGUGAUGUUUCCCUACUAUAACCGUUUUUUAACACUUUGCCAUUUGUAGCUGGACUAUAUUAAUGUCACUAGCAUGAAACCUACCAUUAAUUUCUAAUGGUAUUCUGUUCAGAAUAGUCCAAAGUCCAUCAUCAUCUGUUUUUUGUGCUGGCUUCACAUUGUUGUCGUCAAAAAAGAAAAGAAAAAACCUUACUACCUUCUAGCCAUGUGGUGCUAAAUAGCAUUAACGCUUGUCUUCUAUUGGCAACUUUACUCAUUGACAUACUACUGCUUAAAGUGCACACUACACUACUCAUGCUCAUAAUACCUGUUUGUGGCCACAAAACAUUUCCCAGUAAUCAAGAGCUCUAGGUAGCCACAUUCUCAGGAGAUGUCAUAUGUAGUUUGUAACGUCCUUUGAUUUGACGACUGAAGAGAAACUAAUUCUGACCAUGUGUCUUGAUUUCCUUAAUGUUAGAGGGAUAGUUUGGAUGUAUUGAAGUGGGGUUGUUAGAGGUACUUCUCCACAGUGAGUGUAGAACCUAGAGAACAGCAAGAGGCUCGCUGGUUCAGCUCUGGCCUGCAGCUCUUCUGUGUGGAGUUUACAUGUUCUCCCCGUGUCAGCGUGGGUACUCCGGCUUCCUCCCACAGUUCAAAAACAUGCAGCUUAAGUUUAAUUGGUGAUUCUAAAUUGCCCGUAGGAGUGAAUGAGAACCUGAUUGUCUGUCUCUAUGUGUCAUCUCUGUGAUAGUCUGAGACCUGUCCAGGGUGUACCCCGCCUCUCGCUCUCGCUUGUUAAAGAUAAUGAAUGAAUGAAUAACCUAGAGAAGAUGGUGGUCCACGUACCCCCAGUUUUGAGAAGCAGGCUGAAGAACCAGCACAGAAGCUAAACAAUGUUCUGCUCUGGAUGGGGGCAGCAGAAAAACAGAUUUUAGCCACCAAAAAAAGGCCCAUCUAAAAAAAAAUUAAAAAUCAGUAUCUGUUUAAGUGUAUGAUAAAGUCAUGGGAAAAAAUAAUAUAUAAUAUUAUUACAAAUAUAAUGAUAACAACAAAAAUAGUUGAUAAGAGUUUAAUUUAAGAGCUGGUAUAUAUCGAUUUUCCAUGGUUUUCUUGGUAAUGAUUUUGGUUAUUAUCAAGAAAACUGUGAAAAAUGUCUAGAUAUCAGCUCUUAAAUUAAACUCUUAUGAGCUAUUUGUGUUGUUAUCAUUAUAUUUGUCCAAACAAAUGUACCGUUAGUUGUACCAGGCAUUAAAAUGAACAAGAAAUUGAAGAAAACAAGGGUGGUCUAAUAUAUUUUUCCAUGACUAUAUUAAAUAAUUUUACUGUUCUAUACCUUGCCAUCAGACAGCCGUGUUUAAGUUUGAGUGGAAACUGAAGCCGAUUGACGAACUCCAUUGACAAAACAGUAAUUUUACCUCACAGUGUUUUAUGGUCUACUGCUGGCUCAAUUGUUUACUUUGUUUGUGUUGUUGUGUGACUUUGGUGAAGGCAAACUAACCCUUUAAAACAUCAAAGUCAAGCAAUAACACAAACAAACUAAAAGCUUGAGGCAGUGGUGGACCAGCAGUGACCUUUUUCUACAAGGUAAAAUGACUGUUUUUGUCAUGGGACUCUGGUGGCUUUGACGAGAGCAUAAAACCGCUUUAGUUCCCCAGGUAAAUUCAGUAUAUUACUGAUAGUGUCUUAUAUGUUGAGCACAGCAGGAUAUCUACUGUGUGUAAAAUACCAACUAUGGAUAAGUACCUCAUACAAUCCCACUUUAAAAUCCAAACUCUCCCUGUAAGUUGUUGAAAAGUCUUGUUGUUGCCCACAGCAGACCAUUAAAGUAGUCGUUGCAUGUGUCCAUAUGUGCUUUUGGUUGAAAGGGAACUGAAUGAGAUGAAUCCUGUUUCAGCCUGCUACACAGUCCUAUCAGUGAUGUUUUUAUUUAGAGAAAGGGGGAUUGUUUUCUACGAUUAAAAAUGAAAUUCUUGAAUGUUUUCAAAAGACGCUGCCUGUCUAGCAAUCUCUAUGACCGUGGACUGUUCUUAGAAUUUGCAUACACUUAUAAAAAAAAAAUAUGAACUGUUCAUUUUCAUUCUUUUAUGUGGACAAGUGUAUGCAAAGUGAAGUGUCCUCAGAUGGUGCUUUGUACAGUAAUAAGAUAUUGUUCAUAUAUGUGGAUCAAACGACCUGUAAUUUAUCUUUAACUUAAGUAGAAAAAUGAAAAGAGGAAUUGCACACAAACAGAAGGAGGUCGCCGUGUGUAUUUAAUGGUGACUUCUCUAACAGAUAUUCAUUCGCCUUUAAGUCCAGUGCACAAGCUGAUGGCCCUACUGUCUGUUCCUACACUACACCGCUCAGCAUUGCCCUGUAGCUGCCUCUCAUUGAACAACUUUUUAUUCACGUAGUCAAAGUUGAGAGAUGCCGCUCUUGUUUUUUUGUUUUUUGUUUUUUUAAAAUAGCAUGAUCCACUAGCAGGACUAUAUCUCUCAUAGCUGACUGAUGCAAUUUGAUGUAUGUUAACACUAUCAUUUUGUAAGAGUAUUUUAUUUUUGUGUGUAAUUAGUUCUAAUUAAACUUGCCUUUGUCUAACAAUGUAAGGCCUUGUACA